UGGUGUAUCAUGAUCUCGUAUCAGUCAUCAACAUGACGCGUAACGGAGCAUUCCCAUGGUGGUCCUCGUCAUCCUUUUCGUGUUUCUUGUUUCUACUUUUUUCAACGUUACCUUCGCAUCAAGAGGAUCGUACCUCGGUUACUUUUGAUUUAAGUCCCAUAUUGUUUGGGUCAUUGGUGAAAGAAUCGAAAUCGCAUGAAUCGAAAGAUAAUAAAUUGCCAGGUUGCAUUGAAUGUGGAGAAUACAGAUGUCCGGAGAAUCCAUCAAAGUGUCUUUUGGGAUCCGUAUCCGAUCCUUGUGGUUGCUGUAAGGCAGGUAUAUGUGCUCGUCUUGGUGGUGAACCUUGUUGGAAUUCAAGUAUAACGGAACCAUACGCUAAUAACCGUAAAGAUGGUCUAUGUGCGAGGAAUUAUUUCUGCCAAUUACGUAACGAUCUUCAAAAAGAGGACGUAGCAGAAACGAUUUGUAUCUGCAUGGAACAGACACCGGCAUGCGGUAGCGAUCAAGUGACUUACGAAACCCCGUGCGCUCUUCACGAGAAAGCCAUGAGACUGAAAAGUCAUUUGUCUUUGAAAUUACAGCAGCUUGGUCCUUGCCCAACUCGACCGUGGAUCGUUUCUUACUCGGAACAUGUCGUUUCGAAUAUUGGCCAGCUUGUUCUACUUGCUUGUGAAACUAAAGGUUUCCCUGUGCCCGAUAUCUUUUGGGAAUUUCAUUCCCCGGACGGGAAGAAAGUUUUAAAACUUCAAACAAAUGAGGAAUACGUGAUCAGCGUAGAAAAAAAUAUAGAUCCGAAAUCUUGGAGUAAAACUUCUUGGCUACAAUUACCACGUUUAACUAAAGAUCAUGUUGGAACGUAUCAUUGCAUUGCCAAUAAUUCGAUAGGAGAAGCAGGAGCAGCAUCCUUCGUAUCGAUUGUUUAAAAUUCCUGAUUACAUUUUCGUAGAAUACGCGAGUUAGAUUCUGGUGGAAAAUGAAAACUGGAUUAGAAUGGGAAAUCAAAGGAGAAAUAGGGGAAAAAAGAAAUCGUUUUUUUAUUCGAUUGUAUGAAUCGGGGGAUCGACAAUGAAAUGUUUUUAUAUUAUACAAAGAAGAAACAAAAAGGAACAACUGGAAUAAUAUUAUUCAUAUUAUUUUGAAACAUUUAUACCACAAGAAUGUUGCAUUUUUAUAACCCGGUUUUAUUAUUUAUUUUUAUCGGGUUAAGUAAUAUAUUAUAUAUAAAUAAAUAUUAUCUAACGUUAAAAA